AUGUCUCCACCUGCGACCGAACGUCUUGAGCGCGUUGACACGCCGCUACCAACGAAUCAUUCAUGGGCUGAAUCAUACAAAUGUGACGCGUCUCUGGCGUGGGAUGAUAUCGUCCAUCAUGGGCACAAUCGCACGCUGUCGGUAUUCGGCAUCAUGCCUUCCUCUCCUGACCGAGAGUCGAGGAAGCGCUCCGCAGGCGUCCUCGACGAAGGAUCUGAACCAGAAUCCGUGAAGCGUCUGAAAGUUGUACACAGUGUCGAACUGGGGAGGUUCGCUCGCCUUGGUGGGCCGGAUCUCAGCGAUCUACGAGGGUAUGGCUUAAGCAUACCCUCUCGGACGAGAUCACGGAGCUGGAGACAGAGCGACAGCACGUCACGGACAGGUCCAUUCAAUGCCGACUUUAGGCGCAAGCUCGAAGACUGCAGCAUCUUCCUUCCGCGAUCCAGCUUGCCCAAGACCCAAAAUCUCAAAGAGCUCAAGAGGUUCACACAAGAUUACGAGACUUCGAUUGCCCCUGUAGCAUACGAACAAUUAGAAUACCUCGUGGACGAGUUUGCUGCGUACUACUCUGCCGGAGACGAGAUCUACGCCCUGGACGCCAUUGUGGAAGAUGGGCCUGCUGCGAAGCCGAGUCUAUUCGAUGGCGAAAGAGAUGAAGAUGUGCUCGAUGGGUUCAAGACAAGGUCAACAAUCACAUCAAGCCUCUGGCAGGAUCGUGCCCAAUGA